AUGACUUUGGCUUUUACGACCUUCGCUAUUUCCAAGAUAAACAAUUCGUCCACGAAUGAAGAUUCUAAAGUCAUGAUACUGUGCGAUGAGCAUCACCCUUUCGAGAAGGGUUACUUUAAGUCCGCCAUACGAGCCUUCGGCAACAGCAUUAAGCUAGGAUUAAUGGGUAACUCGCGACCAGAAGACGCAGCGUCCAUAUUCCAAGAUAAAAAUAUUCCUCACGAUCUGACGACGGAAGAAUUCAGGUUGCAGCUGGUCUGUAUGGCUUUUUCCUGGUUCAUAUUUGGUCUCUUCAUCGCCUGCUUACUACUUUGUAUCACGCUUGUGCUAACAUCGCGAUAUCCUGGAGAAAAUGAAAACAAAGCCACGGAAGUUGUGCCAUCCAGUAAUAUUGACGACGAAGAAAAGCAAUUAUCGCUUUCCGACAUGAUUUAG